UCCAUUUGCUUUAUUUCUUGUUUUGAUUUUAGAAAGAAAAGCAGUAUUGGUAUUGUCUUAAAUUGUGAGUCUUUUCUAGGAAGGUGGCAACUGGCAAAUGAGGGGAAAUUAGCUUUGGAAUAAAUGAAUGUUCACACGCCAACCGCGUUAAUUAACAACAACACUUUUCCUAAUUUGCAUUAAACCUUCUCUCAUAAGCAAACAUACAUUCGAUCGACUAAUAUUACAAUUUUUUUUUAAUUAAUUGUUAUUAUAUAUAUAACACCUGCUAGUAGACGUGACUGUGUUCAUUCCUCUACUCUUCUCUUUUCAGUUUUUUCAUUCUUGUUCAUAUUAAUCAAAUUUUGAUAUGGGCAAGAAACUUGAUGCAUUGUUGGGUAGAAACUUCAAAACUGAUAAAUUUAAACCAACAAUUAAUCUCGCCAUCUCUCGUCUCGCUGUUCUAAAGAAUCAGCGUAACGUGCGUCUAAGACAAGCCCGUUCUGAUGUUCUUCAACUCCUCCAACUUCCUGAUCACCAUCAACGCGCUCUCCUUCGAGUUGAGCAUGUGAUCAAGGAGCAGAAUAUAUUGGAUGUGUAUGAUGAAAUUGAAGGAUAUUUCAACCUCUUGAUUGAAAGGAUCCAUCUCAUUGCACAACAAAGAGAAUGUCCUGAAGAACUAGAGGAGGCAGCAUCAGGAAUACUGUACGCGGCAUCAAGGUGUGGAGAUUUUCCAGAGAUUCAAGAAAUUCGUACAAUUCUUACUUCUAGAUUUGGGAAAGAAUUCGCUGCUCGUGCUAUCGAGUUGAGGAACAACUGUAAAGUCCAGCCUAAGAUAAUUACGAAGCUUUCAACGAGGAUGCCGAGCUUAGAAAACAGAAUGAAGGUUCUCAAGGAAAUUGCUUCUGAGAACAAUAUUACUCUACAGCUUGAACAAGUUUCUUCAACUAUAGGCGAGGUAACAAAUGGGGAAAAACAAAACAAGCACAAGCCUGAGAUAAGGGAAGAAGGGAAUGUCCAAAUUUCGGUUAACGAAGGAAAAGGUGAUGAGUUUUCUGAUUCCUUUAAGGGAAAGAAAAAAUAUAAGGAUGUAGCUGAUGCAGCACAAGCAGCUUUUGAGUCAGCUGCAUAUGCCGCAGCUGCUGCAAGAGCAGCUGUGGAACUUUCAAGAUUUCAAUCACAUGAUGAUGAUGAUGAUGAUCAUGAUGAUGGCCAUAAUAGUUCAAGCCCUCAACCAAGAAAAAUGUCGAAUGGACAUGAUUCUGUUAAAGCUAUGUCAGAGAAGGCAAAUAGUGGUUCAAAUUCAGAUGCUGAUGAGAUUGUUGAUUCAAUGGAUGCAGAAAUUAAGGUUGUUUCUGGAGUUGUAUUGGAAUCCAAGAUGCAGAGUGAACCUUUUAUUGAUUUGGAGAAGAGGCCAUUGUCAGUGAGGACUAGAAAGGUACAAGGUUAUUGAGUAAGUAUGAUUUGAGUGUGUAUGUAUUGUAGCAUAUGUCUUGAGUUUUGUUUUGCUUGCAACCUAAGGCUAAGCUUGUAAAUGCCUCAACAAUUAAAUUUUGGCUUCAUAAGGUUUUAUU